GUGUAUAACUUCUCGACCUUAACUUGUAAAACUUUACUUAGCACGUUUAAUCGAGUUAACAGCAAUUAUACUAUUGUUGCUUAUAACAAUUUUGUUAAAGCUUUUUCAUUUAAUGAGCCAUUGCAAGGAAUUGAUGUAGGUAUUUGGAAUGUAAAAACACCCAAAACAUAUAAUUCUGCUGUUUCCUAUUCAACUGAAGCACUUUUGCGUUUAAAUCCUAAUGGUACCAAAUAUUUUUUAAGUUAUGAUCAAGCAAAUAAAACUCAAUUACUUGACGAUAUAUUACAACAAAUUAAGGAGAGCAUCCCUUUGACUGAUGAUCGAUUAAAAAUAACUCGUAAUGUUCAAUUGGAUCCUUCAGAUUCCACAAAACUUCUAAUUGAAUUUUCCGUUAAUAAGGCAACCGAUCCUUCAAUAGAACCAAGUGUAAAUGAUAUUAUCAGAGAUUUAAACGACAUGAUAAAAAAUAAAUACAUAAGUGCUCUUUUGAAUAAAAAAUAUAUGAUGUUUUUUGACGAUCAGUAUGGGUUUCAACCAAAACCAAAUUUAUGGCUGGAGGAGAUACAAAGCAACAUAAAUUUUCGUGAAUGGUUUUUUAAAAAUGCAAAUCUUGUUGCAUUUUUUACAUUGUUUUCCAUUACUACUGUUGAAGCUUUAAAUGCUUUGUCUUCAAAUUUUGCUGGACUUGACAUCUUUUCUUCCUCAGUAUCUGCAGAUUUUAAAAAGUGGAUUUUUUAUGGCACCACAUGCCAUUUAUUUGUCAAAGCUAUUCCACAACUUGUUAUUCAG